AUGUCUUCUUCAAAAGAUGCUUUCAUUCCUCAAAUCUUCAUAGAUUUUAUUAUUGGAGUAAGCUCUGGAGUCCUACCUAAGCUGAUUGUGAGCUCAAUCUAUGAACUUUAGUUUUUAAUAAUGAUUGGGUAUCCCUAUAAGAAAUAGAAUCAGCCUACUGGAAUAUUAGAUGGUUGUAAAUAAGUGAUUAUGGACGGCACGUUGUUGAGGCAAUUAAGAAAAAAUACUAGAAUGGUUAGAUUUUCAUUAAUCUAAGGAUUCAAUUUUUCAAUUUAUAAUGCUUUAAAUAGAUAGUGCUUAUCAAAAAUUGAUGUGAAUAAGCAAUUAAUAAAAUACUUUGGUUAUUCUUUAUUAAAUGGAGGAAUAGCAGGAACUGUUACUUUGCCAAUAUUUUACACUUUAAAUUUUAGUCGAGUCAGAUUAGCGAAUAAUUUAAUAAAAGCAUAGAAAGAAAAAUAAAAAUUAUGGUUCAUGUUAAGAGACAUGUAUAAGGGAUUUGGGAUGACAGCUAUUUGUUCAUUUAUAUACAAAGCAUGCUACUUUGGUGGGUAUGAUACUGGGUAAUACAUAAUUUGGGGAGAUUAAUUGGCUUAGAGAAACGAAUUGAAUUUGAGCAACUUUUUAUUAGCAUAACUUGUAGUCUCUUCAUCAGAAUUACUAGUGCAUCCACUGGAUACUGUGAGAAAGAAAAUAAUGUUAAAUUGCCAAUAAUAAAGAUUAUUUGAUCAUAUUUUUAAUAGUUACUAAAAGGAAGGUAUAAGGGGAGUAUUUAAGGGAUAUAUUCCAAUAAAUCCAAGGCAGUUAGUUCCUUCUACUUAACUCUUAAUAUAUGAUAAAUUAUAACAAAAAUUGAAUUUUUAGGCAUAAUAUUGA